AUGGGCGGUAAGUAAGUUGAAAAUAAGACUGGUUUAAUUAGCUGUCUAUAAAAUAGAAUUUUAAACCAAAAUUAAUAUCGCAAUAUAGCUCUGCGCUUUUAGAUACAUCUGCCAGGUGCGAUGAGCUGUUUUCAUCAGACGGAACUGUCGACGAUCUGCCAUUCUUUUCUUCAUCAGAACCAGAAUCCUCCAAAUCACAAGCAGAGAAGGCCUUGGAAGAACUAUUGUCGGACGAUUCCUCAUUCGUACUUUCUGAAUCAGAAGAGGAAGACGGGAGAUCAGAUCACAAGAUGAGUGCUGCUGAGAACAUUGAUGUUUUAGCUGAACAUCUCAAGUCGAUGUUGGGGAUGAGUGAGAAUAACGAGUUCAGAGAGAAGGCAAUGCAGCUGAUGGACGGUGCUAAGACGUUGGAUCAGUUCAAGAAUAAUGUCAAAAAGAAAAUGACUGAGUUUAUGCAAAAAUCUGAGAAUUUCAACAAGAACAAAGACGUUUUGGCUAAUUUGAAGAAGAAAGGAGUUCGCACGAAGCGAGGCGGAGCGUCUAAGACAAUUGUAAGUUGUUUGUUUGUUUCUUGUUGUAGUUUUAGGUUUCAUUUCAUUCAAGAAUGCAUUUUAAUUUAUAAGAAUAGAAAAAAAUGUUUUAUUCAAUGUUUAUAUUGGCAACCUGAUGCAAAAGCACAUUAAAACUUAUUUUUUUGCAGCAAAAACCAAAGGGCAACAACAAUGUACACUUAAACCCCAUUGAUCUCAUUAAUGCCCUACGAUCUCCUCUUCGAUCUCAACAAAAGGAAAACGAAAGAGCUUUCUUGGAUCUUCUCAGUUCUUCUCAGAAUUCUGAUCAAAAAAUCGAUGGAAUGAUAACGGAAACCGAUGAGGAACUGGACAAUUGGCUGGACACUAGUCUGGAUAACGUCGGAGAGCUGUCUUCGAUGUCUUCUCUCACUCUGGUACCAUCUUUGAGUACUAGUUUGCCUUUGUUGAGUGAAACCGACGAUGAACAGCUAGAUUCGUCGCUAAACUUAUCACAAAACUUGCUCUGA